AUGUUUUUUAACCCUUUCACGCCGAGUCGUCGUUGGAUAAGGCACUGGGCCAAAAAGAAACACAUUGAAAGUACUCACUACUCGAUAAAAGACCCGGAAUCUUCUCUUUACAGGCAGGUCGUUCCCGGCGACAUUUUGGCCAACAGAAAGCGCCUGCCAAACAAGAAGACGUCGCCCAGGGAGUACAGACUUGGCCAAACUGCGUCUGGAACCUACCGAUUGCUCCAGCCUUAUCCCCCAAAUGUCAACGUAACUCUUCCGCCCUUCCCAAACAACGUGGCGGGGAUUAGAGACGACCCAAACAAGAUGGGACACGUCAAGUUUAUCCAAAAGUACAAGGGGAUCGAGUAUAUAACAAUCAAGAGGAUGCUGCCAUACCCAAGAGGAAAACAGGCCUACACAUUUGACGUUGAGAGAGUCACGAAGAAGAGAAGCUAG